AUGGAUAUAGUCAUCAAGGAAAAACCAACAAAGACAGCUCACUGGCCGUCACCGCGCAACAAGAAGAAGAAGGUGAAGAUGAACAGAUACGCAGCUUCUUCUUCGUCUCGAUUAUUACGAAGCCAUUUCUCCAAGUCUUUCUCCCUCAGAAAGAAGGUUCCCUGGUGGUACCAAAUCCUCGAUCCCAAAUCCGAAUUCGUCGACCGAUGGAAUCGCACCUUCCUCUACGCCAGCUUCCUUGCCCUCUUCCUCGACCCCCUCUAUUUCUAUUUCCCCAUCAUCGGCAAAGAGAGUUGCAUGAAAAUCGACUUGGUCCUCGGCGUCUUCAUCACUUUCUUCCGCACCCUCAACGAUAUCUUCUUCGUCUUCCACAUUGUUCUCAAAUUCCGUACGGCCUACUUUUCUUCCCACUCUUUUGGCCGCGGUGAUCUCAUCACUGACCCCUACCUCAUCGCCAUUCGCUAUCUCAAGACCGAUUUCUGCUUUGAUUUUCUCGCAUGCCUUCCUCUCCCUCAGAUCGUGAUUUGGUUCUUGAUUCCCGCAUUCAAAGAUACGACAGCAGCUCAUGCGAAUCAUACCCUUUCUCUCAUGGUUCUUCUCCAGUAUAUUCCUCGAUUCUUCCAGAUCUUCCCUCUUCAACGCCGGAUCAUAAAAACCAGCGGCCUUAUAGCCAAGACGGCUUUGGCAGGGUCUUUAUACAAUCUUGGUUUUUACGUGUUGGCGAGCCAUGUUUUAGGGGCUGCAUAUUAUUUGUUAGCGAUUCAGCGCCAGUCUCAAUGCUGGAGAGAAAUUUGUGCGAAGGAAGCCAACGCAACGCACUCUCCAUCUUGCUCGCCUCAAUUUCUUGAUUGCGACUCACUGAACGAUCCCGCACGUGAUGCUUGGUACCAACAAACUUACCUUACUGUCGUCUGUGAUGCUAAGAAUGAAGGCAGCCAUUUUGAGUUUGGAAUUUACGCCGACGCUUUUACUGAUGAAGUUGCUACAUCUAGGUUCAUCGAAAGAUACUUUUAUUGCCUCUGGUGGGGCUUGAAGAGUCUAUGUGCAUAUGGACAAAAUCUUAAUACAAGCGUCUUCGUUUCUGAAUCUUUAUUUGCGAGUUUCAUCUGCAUUGCAGGUCUAAUUCUCUUUGCACUUCUCAUUGGUAACAUGCAGAACUAUUGGCAAUCUACUACUGCAAGACUUGAAGAAUGGAGAAUUAAACAAAGAGAUACGGAAGAGUGGAUGAGGCAUCGUCAACUUCCGCCAGAACUGCAAGAACGUGUACGUCGGUUUGUCCAAUACAAAUGGCUGGCCACUAGAGGUGUAGAUGAAGAAACUAUUUUGCGUUCUUUACCUUUGGAUCUUCGUCGUCAGAUUCAGAGACAUAUUUGUCUUGCUCUUGUUCGUCGGGUUCCAUUUUUUGGUCAAAUGGAUGAUCAGCUGCUGGAUGCCAUAUGUGAACGCCUUGUGUCCUCCCUGAACACAAAAGACACGUACUUAGUCAGGGAAGGAGACCCAGUGAAAGAGAUGAUCUUUAUCAUUAGAGGACAAGUGGAGAGCUCCACCACUGAUGGUGGGAGAUCUGGAUUCUUCAACUCUAUAACCCUAAGACCAGGUGACUUUUGUGGCGAAGAACUGCUGACGUGGGCUUUGGCGCCCGCUUCUAGCAGCCUUCCAUCCUCCACUCGAACCGUAAAGACCCUCACUGAAUUGGAAGCAUUUGCACUCAGAGCUGAAGACAUCAGAUUCUUUGGCAUCCAAUUUAAGAGGCUUCAUAGCAAGAGGAUUCAGCAUGCUUUCAGGUAUUACUCUCACCAAUGGAGGGCUUGGGGGGCUUGUUUUAUACAAGCUGCAUGGAGACGCUAUGUGAAGAAGAAGUUGGCGAUGGAGCUUUUGGAGAAAGAGAAUCUGUUAGAAUUAAUAGAGUUGGACGAUGGUGAAGAAUUUGCUCCUGGGGUAGGGAGCUCAGCAGGGAAGGCUGCUGCUGCUACUGGUGGAAGCCUUGCGACUACACUUUGGGCUUCCAAGUUUGCUAAAAACACCAGAAAAGGGGCGCAUCAUCAGAAAGUGACAAUCCCUGAUGAAAGCAGCCUGAAGAUGCCGAAGCUGUUUAAGCCUUCAGACCCUGACUUCUCAGCAGACCACGAAGAUUAGUUUGGUAUAAGGUCUGAUCACUCUCAUUAACACUUUUGUAUCCAAGUUAAAUAUACCUGUAGAAGCGAAGCCCUUUUCUCUUUGUAGUUUAUCCAAGUCGCAGUACAUAUGUGAAGAAUGGGGUAAAUUCCUUUGAAGAUUGUAUUUACUAUUUAGCCAAUUGGCAUAUCAAACUGAGAACCUGUGAAUUUCAGAUCGAACCCCAUAAAACA